ACACACACUCUUAAAGACCAGGCGGUCAGACACGUCCAGCACAGAACACCUGUCCAUCCACAGAGGAACUUCUCAUCGCAUCAGAUAAGAGAUCUGUUGUCAUGACGAUGAACACCAAGGCUCCUCUGAUGCCGUCCCUCCAGCGCAUGGUCAGUAAAGAUGGGCGUGUCCUAUACCCAGUCCCCGCCCCCUCCAGCCAAUCAGGAGCGUGGCUUAGAGUGAGGCGGGACCUCAUGGGGGCGUGGCUUAAUCUCCGCUGGAGAUGGGUCAUUCUCAUCUUCUGCUGUGCGUUUCUGCUGCAGUGGUUGCUGUUCGCUACUCUGUGGUACGUGCUGGUGUGGAACGCUGGUGAUCUGGACCGACCUGAAGCGUACGAUCCCCUCACUGCAGACCUCAGCCUCAUGCCCUGUGUGCUCAACCUGCAGAGCUUCAGUGCGGCGUUCACCUUUGCAGUGGAGACGCACCUGACCAUUGGCUACGGCACCAUCUACCCAAACCCCAAGUGCAGACACACCGUACUGCUCCUCACCGUGCAGAUGCUGGUGGCGCUGGUGUUUGAUGCUAUCUCCAUAGGUGCGCUGGUGGCCAAGUUCACGCGUCCAGGUAAGCGCUGUGAGGGUCUGGUGUUCAGCCAGCAGGCGUGUGUGUGUGAGGUGGACGGCGAGGUGUGUGUGGCGUUCCGUGUGUGUAACACCACCGGGCUGCCGCUACAGGACGUGUGUGUGAGCGCUGUGCUGCUGGAGAGAGACACACACACACACACACACGCCGUGCGCCAGACUGAGCUGGACUUCAGGGUGCCGGGCAUGGGGUCGCGACCUUGCCCCCUCUUCCUGUCACCUUUGACCUUUCGUCACCCCCUGACCCCCACCAGUCCCCUCGCAGAAGCUCUGCGCUCCGCCGGCCAAUCACAGUUCGAGCUGGUGGUGUUCCUCUCCGCCGCCACGGAGACAGGCUCCACCCACCAGCGACGCACCUCCUACGUUGCCGCGGAGAUCUUGCAGGGACGCACCUUCGCCACGGCGACCACACACCGCUGCCAUGACAACCACUGCUUCCAAACACUGCCCUGGACACCACAGCCCACGCUGACCACCGAGGGAGACCAGGCCGAGGGGGAGAGUGUGUGAGAGGGAGUGUGUGAGGGAGUGUGUGUGAGGGAGAGUGUGUGAGGGUGUGAGAGGGAGUAUGUGAGUGUGUGUGUGUGUAAUGUGUUUGAGUAGGCCGAGGGGGAGAGUGUGUUAGAGAGUGUGUGUGAGGGAGAGUGUGUGAGGGAGAGUGUGAGUGUGUGUGUGUUAUGUCAGGCCGAGGGGGAGAGUGUGUGAGAGUGUGAGUGUGUGUGAGGGAGUGUGUGUGUGUUGUGUGUUUGAGCAGGGUGUGGGAGAGUGUGUAUUGUAUACUGUAUUUGUGUGACUGUGAAUAUGUGUCUGAGAUAGUGUGUGUGUGUGUGUUUGUAUGAAUUAGGGCUGUGUAUUUGGCAAGGACCUCAGCAUAUGAUACACAUCAUGAUACAUGGGUCACGAUAUGAUAUAUUGACACACACACACACAUACACACACAUACUGAUAUGAUAUAUUGAGAUACAACACACACACAUACUGAUAUGAUAUAUUGAGAUACAACACACACACAUACUGAUGCUGAUAUGAUAUAUUGACAUACAACACACACACACAUACUGAUGCUGAUAUGAUAUAUUGAGAUACACACACACACACUCACUGAUGCUGAUAUGAUAUAUUGAGACACACAUACACACACACUGAUGCUGAUAUGAUAUAUCGAGAUACAACACACACACACACACACUGAUGCUGAUACGAUAUAUUGAGAUACAACACACACACACACACACACAAUGCUUUAUAUAAUAAUGUAAUAUAAUAAUAAAUAAUAUAUAUUAUAUAUAAUAUAAAACUAUACUAUAAAAUCUGUUAAUAUUUGGCAGCAGUGGUGCUAGGAUAUGAUGUGAAAGGUCAGCCACAGUAUGAAUGAGUGUCUGCAUGUAUUUGGCAAGGACCUCAUACGUCAUACUGUGCACCCUUCAAACACAGUACACCCGUCAUACUGUACACCUGUCAUGCUGUACACCUGUCAUACCCGUCAUACUGUACACCUGUGUGUGUGUGUGAGUGUGAGUGUGUGUGUGUGUGUGUGUGUGUGAGUGUGUGUGAGUGUGAGUGUGCAUGUGUGUGUGUGUGGUUGGUCUCAUAGUGAUGUUUCAUGUUGCUUUUUUAAUUAACGCCACAGUUUCACAGAAUAUGAGACAUAAAGGUUUAGAACUGCCUGCAGGCAGAACAGAAUAUGAGACAUAAAGGUUUAGAACUGCCUGCAGGCAGAACAGAAUAUGAGACAUAAAGGUUUAGAACUGCCUGCAGGCAGAACAGAAUAUGAGACAUAAAGGUUUAGAACUGCCUGCAGGCAGAACAGAAUAUGAGACAUAAAGGUUUAGAACUGCCUGCAGGCAGAACAGAAUAUGAGACAUAAAGGUUUAGAACUGCCUGCAGGCAGAACGAACACGUAUUGGUCCGUCCACUCAUCUUUAAAAGUUCGGUUUUCACCAUCUACUUUUCUCAUUUUUGAACAAGCCAUUUUCUCAUCUCCUCUCUCUCUCUAACUCGCUAUUCUCUGUAGCUGAAAGGUAAACAAUCAAUUCGAAUCAAAACUGAAUUUGAUUGGCUAGGCUGAUGCGCCUGUCGUAAUAACAAAAUUAGCUUCACAUGAGCUAAUGAUUUAUGAUGUUAAUAUAUCAACGCUUAAAUACUCUUUGAUCUAAUUGUAAUGAUUUAUGGUGUUAUGAUCUCAACACUCAGAUACUCUUUGAUCUAAUUUCAAUGAUUUAUGGUGUUAUUAUAUCAACACUUAGAUACUCUUUGAUCUCAUUUUUAUGAUUUAUGGUGUUAUAAUAUCAACACUUAGAUACUCUUUGAUCUAAUUUUCAUCAUUUAUCGUGUUAUUAUUUCAACGUAGAUACUCUAUGAUCUAAUUCUAAUGAUUUAUGGUGUUAUUAUUUCAGCGUAGAUACUCUUUGAUCUAAUUUUAAUCAUUUAUCGUGUUGUUAUAUCAACGUAGAUACUCUUUGAUCUAAUUUUAAUCAUUUAUCGUGUUGUUAUAUCAGCGUAGAUACUCUUUGAUCUAAUUUUAAUCAUUUAUCGUGUUGUUAUAUCAACGUAGAUACUCUUUGAUCUAAUUUUAACGAGUCCAGGAAGAAGCGUCACUCCCGCGGUCCACCAUUUGGUGAUGCCGAUAUACACCAUCCAGGAAAUACCAGUUUGGCAGUGUGUGUGUGUGUGUCUGUGUGUGUGUGUGUGUGUGUGUGUGUAGAAAGAGUGACCCUGGUUAUUCAGUUGAUCAUGCAGAUUUGAGUGCAGAAAUCAACUUACAACAGGGUGAACAAGUGGUGAUUCAUGACACUGUAACAUAGCUUAUAACUCCAGUUAUAACUCCACACACGCACGCACGCACACACACACACACACACACACACACACACACACACACACCACAUAUCACACACACAUCAAACACAUCACCAUGCCAUGUCCAACCACCGUGCUCUAUGUGAAGUGUAAUCUUGUCAAGAUUAAUAAUCAAUAAAUGAAUUAAUCAAUGUAAUCAUGUGAAUUGAUCUUUAGUCGAUUCACGGUGUUACGUCCCGCCAUGGAACAAAAGAACCAUAGCCAGAACUCUGUUAAUCACUUUAUUACACACUACUGCCACGAUCACUCAUCGCUUCAGUUGAGACCAAAUAGCUGUUUUCAAUUGUGCCGAAACAAAAACGGCCUGAAAAUGUGAAAUUCUGCCGCAAAUAAAAACAUCAAUAAAUAAACUGCUGCUGCGUCACCGUCCGUGUGUGGCUUUCAAAUGGCCAACCGUCUAGUUGUAGGUCAACUUAAACGAUGACUACCACACACACACACACACACACACACACACACACACACACACACACACACACACACCACCACAUCAUCCUGUUAGAACAAUUCUGUCCUGAUCUGAAUUUGUGUGAUUAAUGAAUUUCCAUCUAAUAAGUUUGCUACCAAUCUAUGUACGGCCUACAUCAGCGUUAUGUAGCCUGCCUUUUGAAAUCAUAUCAAGAAGAGACUGAUUGUCAUGUGCACACCCUCUCACA